AGAAUCUUCCUCCUUCAUCAAUAGAAGCCAAGUAUUUCAUCUGGACUUCUUAAAGCUAAGUCAUUAAAAUGACUAAGUUUUCUUCUUUUUCUCUGUUUUUCCUAAUAGCUGGGGCUUAUAUGACUUCAGAGUGUUUCAAGAUGGAGAUUAUUGGAGGGAGAGAAGUGUCACCUCAUUCCAGGCCCUUUAUGGCCUCCGUCCAGUACGGCGGGAAGCACGUCUGUGGAGGGGUCCUGAUCGCUCCCCAGUGGGUGCUCACAGCAGCCCACUGCCACUUCCGGUUUGAUAAAAGCCAAUCUCCCACAGUGGUUUUAGGAGCACACUCUCUCUCAAAGAAUGAGGCCUCCAAACAAACAUUUGAGAUUAAAAAAUUCAUACCAUUCUCAAGAUUUUUAAUAGAUCCUAAAUCAAAUGAUAUCAUGCUGGUUAAGCUUCACAAGGCUGCAAAACUUGGCAAAUAUGUUCAGCUGCUCCAACCAAGAUCCAAAAGCUAUCUUAGAGCUGGAACCAAAUGCCAGGUUACUGGCUGGGGAGCCACCAACUCAGAUACUUUAAGCCUCUCUGAUACCCUGCAAGAAGUCACUGUUACUGUCAUAAGUCGAGAAGUUUGCAACAGCCAAAAUUACUACAACCACAACCCUGUCAUAACCAAAGACAUGGUAUGUGCAGGAGAUGCCAAAGGCCAGAAGGAUUCCUGCAAGGGUGACUCAGGGGGCCCCUUGAUCUGUAAAGGUGUCUUCCACGCCAUAGUCUCUGGAGGUACUGCAUGUGGUGUUGCCAGGAAGCCUGGAAUCUACACCCUGUUAACCAAGAAGUACCAGACUUGGAUCAAAAGCAAGCUUGCCCCAUCUCGUGCAAAUUUAGAUUACGAAUGAUUUUCCUGGAUCUACCAGUUACUUGCUUCUUUUUUUCCUAAUAUGCUCAUAGGUCAACUUUAUCUUCAGAUGUAGCUCAAUGCAGGUAAAGAAGAGCACAGCCAGGCUCCGUUUCUGCUCCCUUGAGACUCAUUCUGCUAAGGAGUCAAGUUUUUUG